UCAAGGGGGGGGGUGCCGCGGGGAUACCGUCGGGGUCUACACGCCGCUACGGUGCAAGACAGCAGAGAGAGAGACAGAGAGAGAGGCAGAGAGACAGCAGAGAGAGAGACAGAGAGAGACAGAGAGAGAGGCAGAGAGACAGCAGAGAGAGACAGAGAGAGAGGCAGAGAGAGAGACAGAGAGAGGCGCUCGCCCGCUCUCUCCCACCAGCCGGCCCCUCACUCACCAGCUGCGACUCUCCAGCCCGGCAGGAGUCACCCCCCUCCCCCCCCCCCUACGUCGUUUGUUGCUGGCGGCGUGCGCGCCUUUUUGUUUCAGCGGGUUUCCUUUUGUUUUGUUUCACCUUAGGGCGACUGGGUGGUGUUGUUGUUAUCGUCGUCUUCUCGGCCCUGAAAGCCGAGAGGCGGCGAAGCGGGCGACCGGCGUCGAGUGCGACUCGUCCCUGAACGAGCAUAGCAGUGGAAGCAGCAGCUAAUGCUGCUGCAUCUAGCCGCCCUGCUGCAGCAGCAGCUGCUGCAGCAGGGCGGCAAGAUGCAGCAGCAGCUGGGCGGCAAGAUGCCCCUCGGCUCCCUGCCCGCCGCGCGUGCCCCCACGCGGCACGCCGCCUGUCCGUGCCGCGCCACGCGGGCACGGCAACCACCGCCGCCGCUACUCCUGCUGCUGCUACUCCUGCUGCUGCUACCCCUGCUGCUGCUACUCCUGCUGCUGCUACUCCUGCUGCUGCUACUCCUGCUGCUGCUACUCCUGCUGCUGCUACUCCUGCUGCUGCUGAACCCACCGUGGAUAAUCUGUGGGUGUCGUUGCGAGCUUCUUCUCUUUGACGGUACUUCACGCCGUGUCGGUGCGGGAUGGUGAAACAUUUCGACACCGUUGUCCGCGUUUAUCAAACUGCACGUUGUUGACCCCGGCGUUUUAGACAGUCGCGGUCCGAGUAUACCGUGCUCGCAGUGACAACGUGGGACGACGAUCCUCUCUACCUCCCCGCUGCACCGUUCAUUAACAAAAAAUGAAAUUGUGAACGCAAUUUAUUGUUUUGCCUUUUUUUUUAAACUCAUCGGCCCCCCCCCCCAAAAAAAAAACACAAAACCCUGACCGUCGAUCAUGGCCCCGAAGCGCAAGGGAGGCGACAGGGUUGGCAAGAAGCGGGUGAAACGUGCGAAAAAGAUAAUGCCCCUGAGCGAAAAGGUCAGAUUGCUGGACCGGUUGGCUCUGGGCGAGAGCGCAGCGUCGGUGGGUCGCCUCUACGGCGUCAACGAGUCGACGGUGCGCUACAUCAAGAAGAGCGAGGUGGCGAUCCGUGCGAGCGUGAGCGAAUGCGUGCCCAGAUCAGCGAGAGCGUCGUUCUACACCCGCGAUCCGCACAUGGAGAAGAUGGAGAGGGCCCUGAAUCUCUGGAUCGAGGAUCAGACGCGAAUGGGGGUCCCGUUGAGCGGCGUGGAUAUUCGUGAGAGGGCCCUGCGGUUUUACGAGCGCUCGGCGCAAAGUUCUUGCGGCGAUAGCGGCAACAACGGCAGCGGUAAGAAGUCACGCACACCAUUUGCGGCGAGCAAGGGAUGGUUCGAAAACUUUAAGAAGCGAUAUUCACUACAGAACGUCAAGUUGGUCGGUGAGUCGAUGGAUACCGUGGCGGAUGAAGGAGCUUAUCGUGUGCUCCGUAAGAAGGUGGUCGACGAGGAGGAGGAGGAUGACGAUUGCAAACCCAGACAGGUGUUCGACGUGGACGAGAUGGGGUUGUUUUGGAAGAAGAUGCCCACGAGAACGUACAUCUCCAAGGAGGAACGCUCGGGAUUGAAGGCGCCCCCCGACGACGGACCGAGCCUCCUCUGCGCCAACGACGUGCCCGGUGUCCCGUCGCCGCUAGACGGAGAUUCGAGUCGCGCUGCCGGGGUGGCGAGGACCGUCGGUGCGGAGGAAGGGCUCGAGGAUUUGCAGGGGGCUGACCUUGUCGUGCUGAUCGAGUCGCGCACCGAGGAGUUGCCCGAGGAGGACCUUGAAGAACGCAUCAAGGCAGGCGAUGGCGAUAGUGAUGAUGAUGAUGAUGGGGAGGAGGGGGAGGAGGAGGAGAAUGCGAGCGGUAAGUCUCGGCUGAAUUUGAAAACGCUUGCAGAGAUCAUGCAACUAGGAUCUGAACUUACGGACAAAGUGUUCGAGGCGGACCCGUUGGUGGAGCGAAGCGUGCGAUUCAAGAGGGAGAUGGACGCCGUGUUGAACCCAUAUCGGGAGGUUUACAGGGACCUUUGGAGGAAGGCGAAGCAGAUACCAAUCACAAGUUACUUGCGGUCGCACUCAUCCGCCGUCUGCGACAGCACCACCCCCGCCGAGUCACUGCCCGGCACCUCCAGCACCAAGGAUCGCCCCGCUCCUCCUCCGCGGGAUCUUCCCGAGAUGAUCCGCAAGAGGGACUCGCGUCGUGAUCAUCAUCAUCAUCAUGAUGAUGAUGAGCAUCAUUAAAGCUUCAGGGCGACACGAGACGCGUAGGAACCACGUGACCACCGCGGCGGGGCGGGGCGGCAAAAGCCACGUGGAGCCGAGACGGAGGGAGACGUCCACGUGGUGGCACUUGGGAACCGCGUGGAUUUGAAGGCUGUGGACAGUUUUUUUGUAUUGUUUGGUGAUGUGUUGCGGAUGGUUUUCGUUUUUAAUUUAGGUCGGCUCUUUCUCAAGACAGUUUCUCGGCCAUGGGGUUGCAGCCUUUCAGCGUUCUGGUGAAACCCUGCAGGAGGAGAAAGUUUUUAAUGUCCGUGGGGUUGUGAAAAGUCGGUGACGCGUUGCGGCGACAGGGUUGUCGUUCCACGUUAACGUGUGGCGAUCUCUUUGAGUUGUAAGAAGCACAACACGUGUCGUUGAUUCCAACUUUUAUUCACCACAUCUCUUGCUCUCUUUGUUUCCUCUGCCUCUUGGCCGUCACGUUAGCGCAACGAUUCGCUGCGUCUCAAAAUGGUUUCGUUAGUCACGCCAAGUUAUCGAUGUUCCUGUGUAAUAUGAAUUUGGUGAUUUUCAACAUUUCUAUGGUUGGCUAAUACCGGUUACAUUGCUUUAGCUGUGGGCGGUAACGCGAGAACACACAAACUCCACACAGGGGCCCUAGUCGGGAAUCAAACCCACGCGCUUGCUGAGGCAUGAAGGUUUCCACUGCGUCUCCCACUUGCCUUUCUAACACCUUGUUAAGUGUGGCCAUGUUAUCUCUCAGUGUAUUACACAGAGUGGCCCAGAUGUCUUGUGAUCCCCAUUUAUUUUUUUAAUUUUCAAAAGCUGAAUAUAUUUUUUUAAAGUAAAAUUUAUUUAUAACAAAUGAAUAUGCAAAUGAACAAAAACAUGUUCGGGGGGGUCAAUUAAUUGGGGGGGGGGGCUCAAGACAUCUGGACCACCCUGUAGACUUGGUAACCCGAGAGGGAGUGGUUGGGGAGCGCGGAUUGAUUGGGGGGCCACCAAACCCCCAAAAAGAAGAGAGCCACUGUCGGGCGUUUGCAUCAUCGUGAGAGAUGGCGACGGCUUUGGGGAAAUGCCUUCGUCCAACAGUGGAUAGAUCGGGUUUGAAUUAAUUUUUGUUAGGUCUUUCGAACCAUGGAUUGAGAGGUAAAAACUGGGACUAGACCGGACCCCUGACGGGAGAGAGCUUGCGUUAUUCCUGAAACCAAAUCCUAACACAAUCAAUGCGUACCUGAAACGUAACUUAAAAAAAUAUCUGAAAAAGGGCGAUUGUCCGAAAUGUCGUCCGUUACAUUUUUUUUACUUUUUAAGGCCACUGUAUUUGACGACCGUGUUGAGUUUGUUAUUUGUGCAUUUGUACCACCACCAAUGCAGCGUCACCGAAUGCAUUAAGAUUUGUCGCCGAUUUCGCUCAACGAUAAAAGUUUUCACGAUAUAUGAUUAUCCUUUUGUAAUUCAAUUUCACAAUUAUAUCGUCACGAUGGGCUUUGAUGUACUUCAAAUAUGAAUAAAGAUGUUUUAACUGAA